CCUCUUCGGAAUCUUUCUCUCGCCCGUGCCGAUCCCUGGCUCGUCUUCCAUCAUAAGUACAAACUUUGGGGACCAAAGUGCUGGGCUAGGUCGGGACCUGCGCUGGCCGUUCUCCGGUCCUUACUUUCUGGAAAUUACCCAGCCGUGCAUCUAUGCCCCUCCCUCCCACUGCUCCCCUUUUCAGGUUCUCGUGGAUGCCACCCCAGCCCACCUCAGCCCAGCCUCUUUCCAAAGUAGGAACCGGGAGCCCUUUCUGUGGCGGUGGUGUAACUGGCAGAAGAAUUAAGAUAAAAAGGCAGUCGCUUGGAAGAGCUCCUCCGUGGUCGCCUGUCUCCCGCGGAUCCAGCUCCCGAGUCCCGCCGAGGACACCCGUGCCCCAUGGGAGUCCAAGGGCUCUGGAAACUGCUGGAGUGCUCCGGGAGGCACAUCAGCCCGGAGACCCUGGAGGGGAAGAUUCUGGCUGUGGACAUUAGCAUCUGGUUAAACCAAGCACUGAAGGGAGUCCGAGAUCGUCAUGGGAACGCCAUAGAAAAUGCUCAUCUUCUCACUUUGUUUCAUCGCCUCUGCAAACUCUUAUUUUUUCGAAUUCGUCCUAUUUUUGUUUUUGAUGGGGACGCUCCACUACUGAAGAAGCAGACUUUGGCAAAGAGAAGGCAGAGAAAAGAUGUGGCCAACAGCGACUCCAGGAAAACUACAGAGAAGCUCUUGAAAACGUUUUUGAAAAGACAAGCUAUUAAAACUGCCUUAAAAAGUAAAAGGCAAGACAAGUAUUAUUCUGAAGAGGAAGAUGAAAAAGAAUGGCAAGAAAGAAUGAAUCAAAAGCAAGUAUUACAGGAAUCCAAUGAGUUUUCACAGUAUCAACUGAAAGGCUUACUUAAAAAAAACUACUUAAACCAGCACAUAGAGAAUGUGCAAAAAGAAAUGAAUCAGCAACAUUCAGGGCAAAUCGGAAGACAAUACAAAGAUGAAGGGGGAUUUCUGAAGGAGGUGGAGUCAAGGAGAGUGGUCUCUGAAGACACUUCCCAUUACAUCUUGAUAAAAGGUAUUCAAGCUAAGAACACUACAGAAGUAGAUCCCGAGUCUCUUCCUUCUUCCAGCAAAAUGCACAGCAUGUCUUGUGACGUGCGCUCACCUCCGUGUGAAAAACCAAAGCCAGAGAUCCAGGCUGAGGCUGCCCCUCCUUCUCCGAGAACUUUACUAGCUAUGGAGGCAGCCAUGCUGGGCAGUAGCUCCGAAGAGGAGCUGGAGAGUGAAGCUAAAAGGCAGUACAGUGAGGAGAAGGCGUCCAUUACUAUAGAUGAAGGCGCUGUCUCACCGAGGACGCUCUCAGCUAUUCAGAAAGCUCUUGCCGAUGAUGAAGAAGUUACAGUAAAUACUGCAGAUGAUGUGCAGAUGGGAAGGCUGGGAGUGAAAGGACUGCCCACGAACAAUUCAGAUGAGGAAAAUGCUGAAGGACUUCGGCUUCGAGAGGGUGGGGAAGGAAGGUUGUGCAGAACCAUGGCUCCCUCCACCAGUGGGAACUUUGUAGAGGAGAGUGUAGCCAGCACGAAUAAUGAAAAAGAGGUGUCUGCCUCCCCUCAUUUAUCAAGCUUGCUCUUAUGUCAAGGCAGUGCUUCUAGUGCUCAGAAAGAACAAACAGCAUAUACUCACACAGCGAGUGAUGUCUUUCAGACCAGUAUUGAAUCUGCGGUCAAGAGUAGAAAAGAUCCCAUUGCUUUAGAGAGUCCGGAGGGGCCGCACAGUGACGCGCAUGGACUCCAGAACAGAAAGGAACAGGUUCCAACCUCGUCAAGAUUUUUAGGGUCACAGACUGAAUCAGAUCCCAAAGUUCUUGAGCUGCAAAAUGAUCGAAGUUUCAUUGAAGUAGAGAGUGUAAUUAGUAAUGGUGAGAGUCAAGCUGAAUCACCGGACAGUUCUACACCUCCCUCGGAACGCAGUGCGCAGUCAAUUGCUUCAGAGGGACGGGCAGAAACGAAGAUGGAACAAGCCGCCCCUGGUGAGCACUCUGAAAGGGCGAGUGUGGUUCUUGAGCCACAUGAAGAAGCGGGAAAAGAUGCAGAUGAUUCACAUAACGAAUGGCAAGAUAUUAAUUUGGAAGAACUGGCGACUCUAGAGAGCACCCUUUUAGAACAGCAGAACUCGUUGAAAGCUCAAAAACAGCAGCAAGAGCGGAUUGCUGCCACUGUAACAGGACAGAUGUUCCUGGAAAGCCAGGAACUUCUCCGCCUGUUUGGCAUCCCCUACAUUGAGGCCCCUAUGGAAGCAGAGGCCCAGUGCGCCAUCCUCGACCUGACUGAUCAAACUUCUGGCACCAUCACCGACGACAGUGACAUUUGGCUGUUUGGAGCACGGCAUGUCUAUAAAAACUUCUUUAAUAAAAACAAGUUCAUAGAAUACUACCAAUAUGUGGAUUUUCAUAACCAAUUAGGAUUGGACCGGAACAAAUUAAUAAAUUUGGCAUAUUUGCUUGGAAGUGAUUAUACAGAAGGAAUACCAACUGUAGGUUGUGUAACAGCCAUGGAAAUUCUCAAUGAAUUCUCUGGACAUGGGCUAGAACCUCUCGUGAAAUUUUCAGAGUGGUGGCAUGAAGCUCAAAAAAACAAGAAGAUAAGACCUAAUCCUCAUGACACGAAGGUGAAGAAAAAGUUACGGAACCUGCAGCUCACACCUGGCUUCCCUAACCCGGCGGUCGCAGAAGCUUACCUGAAGCCCGCAGUGGAUGACUCGAAGGGAUCCUUUCUGUGGGGGAAACCUGAUCUUGAGAAAAUUCGAGAGUUUUGUCAGCGGUAUUUUGGCUGGACCAAGACUAAGACAGAUGAAUCUCUGUUUCCAGUAUUAAAGCAACUGAAUGUCCAACAGACACAGCUUCGGAUUGACACCUUCUUUAGAAUAGCUCAACAAGAGAAACAAGAUGCUAAGGGUAUAAAGAGCCGUAGGCUCAACCGAGCUGUGACAUGUAUGCUGAGGAAGGAGCGGGAAGAAGAAGCCAGUGAAAUUGAAGCAGUUUCUGUUGCUAUGGAGAAAGAAUUUGAGUUACGUGAUACGGUAAAAGGAAAAACCCAGAAGGGAAACAUAGCAAAUAAACUGAACGAUUCAUCAGGCCUGAAAAGAAAGAGGCUUUCUGAUUCUAAAGAAGAGAAUAAAUGUGGUGGGUUUUUGGGGGCAGCCUACCUCUCAGAAUCAUCUGAUACAUCUUCAAGUGAGAAUGCUGAAAGUAUGUCUUUAAUUAACAUCCAAAGAGGAAAAGCAGUUAAAGGGUCAAAAAACAGUCCUUCGGAUAUGCAGAGCAGAGUGCAGCACGAUCAUGUGACGUGUGAAGGUGUGACUACUAGCAGCUCUAGUGACAAUGACGAAGAAAAGCAAACAAGAGUAGUCAUGGUAACUGCCAGAUCUGUGUUUGGGAAGAAACAAGGGAAACUGAGAAAUCUAAGAAGGAAAAAAAGAAAAACCUAAUGUAAGAAAAUAUUUCAGAAUAUAUGUGGGUGUAUGUAGAGGUAAAAUUUCUAUAACAUUUCCUAAUGAAAUUGCUGUGAGGACCUAAUAAAAUUAAACAACUUUAUAUAGUC